CCACAAUCAGUUUAGAUUAAUCUGUUGGACAAGCCAUGGCUCCUCUCAAACUGUAUCAUUUUCCCGUCAGCCCUCCGUCGAGAGUGGCUUUCCUGAUUGUGAAAUAUUUGAAAAUUGACGCGGAAAUAGUGAUUGUCGAUCUAUUGAAUAAGGGCCAAUUAGCGCCAGAUUUCGUGAAGAUUAAUCCUCAACACACAGUACCAACAAUUGACGAUAAUGGAUUCAUUCUCUGGGAAUCUCGCGCCAUCGCAACUUAUCUGGUAUCUUCCAAGGCUCCAGGAAACUCUCUUUACCCGACAGAUGUGAAGAAGAGAGCGGUUGUGGACGCAAGAUUAUUUCUUGAUCAAGCCUUGCAAUUAGCAGCCACUGAGGUUAUGUAUCCUAUUCAUAUGGGCGCAACAACGAUUCCUGAGGACAAGAAAGAGAAGGUUUACAAGAUUCUAGGACACUUUAAUACUUUCCUGGAGGGAAAGCAGUUUGCUGGUGGAAAUGAUCUGACAGUAGCUGAUCUGGCUCUUUUGGCUACAAUUUCCAGUCUUAAUGCAAUUGGAGCCAAUAUCAAGAAAUUCAAGAACAUCUCGGCUUGGUACAAGAAAUUGGAAUCUGUGCCUGGUUUCCAGGAGAAUGAGGAACAGUCUAAAAACCUGGGAAUGUAUAUCAAAUCGAAAGUUCAGAUGACCGGAACUUGGGAUGACUCGCUUGAAGCGGAACGUCUAUUCUGGUGCAACAUAAAACAUUUUGGCAAAAUGGCUCCUCUUAAAUUGUAUCACUUUUCUGCAAGUCCUCCUUCCCGAUUCGCUCUUCUAACCAUCAGGAACUUGAAAUUGGAUGUGGACAUUGUUGUCAUAAAUACAUUAAAUAAGGAACAAUUUGCACCAGAAUUCGUGAAAACCAAUCCUCAACACACAGUGCCAACAAUUGACGACAAUGGAUUUAUUCUGUGGGAAUCUCGCGCCAUCGCAACAUACUUGGUUUCUAAUAAAACUCCAGGAAGUUCUCUUUACCCAACAGACGUGAAGAAGAGGGCUGUUGUGGAUGCUCGAUUAUUUCUGGAUCAUGAACUGCAAAUGGCGUUUUUGGAAAUGCUCUACCCAAUCUACAGAUUAGGAGAAACAGAAAUUUUGAAAGCUCAAAAGGUGAAGAUGUACAAAGUUCUGGGGAAUCUAAACACCUUCCUUGAGGGACAAAAGUACGUCGCAGGAAGUGAAUUGACUCUUGCCGAUCUCGCGCUUCUGGUCACUGUCAUAUCAAUUCAGGAAGUCGGCGCGAACAUCAAAAAGUUCAAUAACAUUACAGCCUGGCUGAAAACACUAGAAUCUGUUCCCGGUGCUCAGGAGAAUCUCGAAGGCGCUCAAUUCUUUGGUAACUUCAUAAAGUCUAAGAUUGAUUGGAAGCAAAAUUGGGAAGAUUAAACUUGAAUACUUUGAUGUACAUUUUGUGAAGGAAAAAUAAAGAUAAAGUUAAAGUGACUGCAUGCGUCAA